AUGUUGACCGUGGAGAAACAAUGGAUUAAUGUGCAGCAAAAGACUCCCCUUUUCGAUGCAGCCCACAGUCUUGCUGGCUUGCUAAUGGCCACCGUUGCUAGGCUCAAUAACAAGCUAAAGAUCCGCGACAUCGCCAUCGAUGACCUCGUGAUAGACCUUUCCGAUGGGGUUAUCCUGAUCCACAUCCUCGAGAUCCUGGGAAACGAAUCCUUGGGACGGUAUGCCUCGAAACCCCGACUCCGCGUCCAGAAGUUUGAAAACGUCAACAAAUGUCUUGACUACAUCAAAGGACGGGGGAUACAGAUGACAAAUAUUGGCGCAGAAGAUAUUGUAGAUGGAAAUCGGAAAAUUAUACUGGGGUUAAUAUGGACUCUGAUCUUGCGGUUCACGAUUAGUGACAUCAACGAGGAGGGUAUGACGGCGAAAGAAGGUCUACUGUUGUGGUGUCAAAGGAAGACCGCUUGCUAUCCAGGGGUAGAAGUGAGGGAUUUCUCUGCAAGUUGGAACGAUGGACUGGCCUUCUGCGCCCUGUUGGAUAUUCACCGGCCCGAUCUUAUCGAUUUUGAUGCUUUGGACAAGAAUGAUCACAAAGGCAAUAUGAAAUUGGCAUUCGAGAUUGCAAGCAAUGAAAUUGGGAUACCUGAUCUUCUUGACGUGGAGGAUGUAUGCGAUGUUGCUAAACCAGAUGAGCGUUCGCUGAUGACAUAUAUCGCAUAUUGGUUUCACGCCUUUUCACAGCUUGAAAGAGUCGAAAAUGCUGGCCGGCGAGUUGAAAAGUUCGUUCUCAAUAUGCAAGGAGCUUGGGAAAUGCAAAACUCGUUUGAGCGCCGGAUGAGAGAGCAUCGUCUGGGCGAAUCGUCCUUUGCUGGAACGUACGCCGAUGCGAAGGAGCAAGCGAAUGAAUUUACUGCUUAUAAGAAGAAUCAGAAGCGCAAAUGGGUAGCGGAAAAAUCUGACCUUGCCGCCUUACUCGGAAACAUCAAAACCAAGCUCAGCACAUACCGGUUAAAGCCGUAUGAGCCUCCUCCAGAAUUGAGCCUUGAGGUAUUGGAUCAAGAAUGGGCAAGCCUAACGCAGGAUGAACAUCAGAGAAGUCAGCUAAUCAACGAAACUAUUCGUGAUAUCAAAAACGCCCUUCGAAAAUCCUUCGCCGACAAGGCUAACGAUUUUGCUUUAACCCUUAACACAUUAUCCUUGGCAAUCUCAGGCCUCGAAGGAGAUGUUGAGGACCAACUGUCUCACGUGCAGCGCCUCAAUGAUAAUCUUCCGCCCCUAGAUGCCUUUCUUGAAACCAUUGCAGACCUUGAUGAUCAAUGCGUUGAAGCUAACAUUGAAGAAAACGACUUCACUACUUACACCUUUGAGGAACUUUCUUACGAGCUGGGUCUUGUAAGGUCAAGCGUAUCCAAAAAGCUCGCAUUUUUGGAGAAUCAGAUGGUAGCACGCAAUAUGACCAACCUAACGCCAAUACAGCUCGAAGAAUUUGAGUCUGUUUUUAGGCACUUCGAUCGGGACUCGUCCAACACACUGCAUGAAAUUGAAUUUUCCGCUGCAUUGGCAAGCCUGGGAUUGGUUUAUGAUGAGAAUGAAAUGCAUGAAGUGUUUGUCGAGGUUUGUGGUCCUGGGCGUAUGGAAAGAAACGCAGGAGUCAGUUUUGAGCAGUUUAUCCGGUUUAUGGUCAGCGUAACGGAAGACCAAAACACUGCUGAGCAGGUCUUCCAGAGCUUCCGGGAGGUGGCCGACGGCAAGCCAUACGUCACGGAGCUUGAUCUUAGGCAUUCACUUAUUCCCGAGGACCUCAUUGAAAACUUGCUACAGACUAUGCCCAAACACGAAGGACCCGACCUUCUUGAGGAUCGAGAUCUACCCAAAUAUGAUUAUAUCACAUUCAUGGAACACAUGACGAACAAUAGUAGUCCGGAGAAUGAAGGAGGUGGAAGCAGCAAAUCAAAUCCCAUAAACGCGAUUACGCCUCCCUCGAGUCCAGGAACCUCGAUCUACGAAACCUCAAAAAUGGACCGGACUUUAGAUGAGAUCAUAGCUGAAAGGCCGGUGAGUCUCGCAUCGCCCCCCAGAACACGGAUGGUUAUCGGACGCGACAUUUCGAAAACUAAACAGCUGUGUAGAGAUCUUCAAACCGUGGACGUGCCCGGCAACCCGCAGUACGCUCCCGUCGGGGUAAUUUCAACCGCGACGAAGCUCGAGUUCAUAAGGUCUUCCUCCUCUUCCUCUCGCUUCCUCCAGACGUAUCGUGAUAGAGGCAACCGUUCGAGCCAUAGCGGCCUUCCUUUUCUUGGGAAAGGGAGGGGCUUCAUGGGCGCGAGUUGCCUUUCUUUUUCAGCAAAAUAUAGUAGCAGAUCUAAUUUUGACACGUCGGCUAACCUUGUCCUUCUUCUUCUGAUUGAACAACAGUCCUUUAGAAAUGAUCGUGCAGAUGUAGAACUUGACUGGGUCCAUGAUAAAUUCGAAGACGAUAGAGACACGCGUCCUGCUUCCUUCCGUGGGUCUAAUUCCCGUCGCAACGGCCGCCUUUCCCCGCCUCCUGAACAAUCAACUAGUGGAGCGAAACUUCGUGUAAACAACCUGCACUAUGAUAUCACUGAGAAUGACUUGGAGGACCUCUUUACUCGCAUUGGACCAAUUCUCUCCCGAUCCAUUCUUUACGACCGUGCCGGACGUUCUGAAGGCAUCGCAUUCGUCACAUAUAAGCGUCUCGUUGACGCUCAAACAGCAAUCCGAGAAUUUGACGGUGCCAACGCCAAAGGGCAGCCAAUUCGUUUGACCCUUGUUCAAUCCGACAGGAACACAAGACGCAAUCCAUUCGAUUCCGCAGAGAAGCCAAAAGGCAGCUUAUUUGAUCGAGCAGAACGACCACGAGACACCCGUAGCCUUAGCCCGGAAAAUGGUAAUGGUUACCGGCGAAGUGACGUUUCCAAACCUCCACCAGAGAAUAUCGAUCGGUAUAUCCCCGGUCAACGAUCCCCAAAGCGGGACGGAAGGAGCCGUGGUUGGAGAUCGGUGGAAAGCAGGGGUAGGAAUGACAGCCGCAGAGGCAGAAAUACGGCCGGGAGACCGAAGAAAACGCAGGAACAGUUAGACCAGGAAAUGGAUGAUUAUUGGGGGCAUACUGGUACGCCCGGCGUUACUGAAACCGGGGCUGUACAGGACAGUAAGCCCGCCGAAUCGGGUGCGCCAGCAUUGGAUGACGACAUCGAUAUGAUUGAGUGA